GUUUAGUACGUCAAAGCGUCAGUUUUCCAAUUCAAGUGGUGUGCAACGAUUUCGAGAAAAAUUUAGCUACGGAUAGUCUAUUAGAGUAAUUUCAAUAGUUGUCUUGCGUGACCUUGUUAUCUUUACUCCGGCCUGUAAUUCAUUUAUAAUGGAGUGUAUGACAUGCGGUGGAAAAGAGUUUUAUAAAGAUCUUGGGUACUUCUAUUGCCUAGAGUGUCAGACCCAGAGCCAAGAUGUUCGGGAGCAUGAAUUUCAAGAGGAAGUUAGGAACAAGACUGGUAAAAAAGUUCAUAAGCCACCAAAAGACAAAGAGGAAAGCAAAAUAACUAGCUGGGAAUGCUACAACAUUAUUCUGCAUUCAUUGACAAAUCAGUUGAUCGAGCUAGGUGCAAAUCACAGCUUGAAAACUGUUGUUAAGACUCUUUGGAUCGCAUAUUUGGAAAAGCUACAAGUACUAGAUCUACAGGUGGAUGCAAAACCUAGGCUUCCUGCAGUAAAUCUGAAGAGGGACGUACAGAUUUUAUAUGAUCUCAAAAAGAAGAGGCGAAAGAGGAAAAAAUCUACAUCUGAUGAGUCUUCAUCACAUACAGAUGCUAUAUCAUCAUAUUCAUCACUAAAACGUGAAAGAACUAAAAGAAAGAGUGCGUUAGUUCAAGCUGAAUAUACAGAGUCUUCCUUCAGGUUGACUCAAGAGAGCAGUUUUCAAGGUACAGAAACCUUGACCAGUCUAAAGAGUAGUUCUGCUACUGAGGAAAAUACUCUACAAUUCAGUUCUGGCGCACAAAAGGAGUUACGUCGCAAGCUUUCCAAAUCACAUAUUACGGAACACCAGAAAGAUGUGGAGCUCGCUAUGAAAUGCCAUAAAAUGACUUAUAAAGAUAGGACUAGAAAGUAUCUUCGCAGUGUCCAGUUUGUGUCACCUGAGAAACUGUACUGUGUUUUGUAUUUAGGUCUCUUGAUCAUCAAGGAUGAAAUACAAGUAGGUAAGUAUCCUGAUCACGGAUGUCUGUGUUUUUGAGAAUUUCUUUUAAUACAAUUUUUGCCUAUAUCUCCGAAACGGGACAUUGCCAGUCUAAAUGGGCUCUGAAUUCGGUUUCAGUGACCCAAAAAAAAAAGUAUUAUUAAUAUUGCUGGGCUUAUAUUGAUGACUGACCCAUUUUUAUUCCUUCUGGCCACAGAAUACCAUUUUGUAAAUGGCUCAUGGCAAACAUCUUCUUCUAAUGUUUUGGGCUGCUUGGACCUUUUUUUUAUUAUUAUUAUCCCAUAGCUAUUUAAUUUCUAGGGCUUUACGCGGAAUAUUAUACGAUUUAAUUUAGUAACAACUGAGAAAUGUAUGUUUACAUUUAAAAUUAUUUAUGACCUAAAAUUGCUUAUUUGACCAAGCAGCGUCGUCGAUCGUGUUUAGACUGCCUCCCACAGAGCACAUAACACUGAAGAAAUGGGAGCUCCACGUUAAACGAUGGCAACACUGUUGACAUUUGUCAGAUGGUGGCUCCGUCUAUUUGGUUGGAGAUCUGGAGGAACUAUCGAAGAAAUGCAGAGAGUGCGCCUGAAAUAAGGUGAUCUGUUAAGGUUUGUCAGGGAAGGACAUUUGAGCUUCAAUAACUACACUCACUUGCUACAAGAUGACAUGAGUGACAGAAUUCUGGGAAUUCAGACUAAUCCGAAGAAUACGAUGUUGACUCACAAAGCUGUUAGAACUACCACGUUUAGGUUAGCUAAACUACUGGGGGUUUUGGAUUACAUUGUGGUUCCUAAUAUUGUCAAAUUAUGUGAGAGAUAUUGUAGAGAGAUGAAUUUACCAGAUGAAAUUCAGAAAGCCGUCAAGACGCUGAUAUCAAUAACCAACCCUGCAUUUCCAAUUCGAAAGCAUAAAGAAUGUAUACCAAACUAUGAAGCAAGAUGUAUGUCGAUUAUUCUUUUCGUAAUGAAGCUGUACUUUGGAAUGGACGGAGUUACAGAAUACGAACUUUCGAAGUACGCCAGACUGUUGAACCAGAAAGGUUGCGAAAGUAACUUCUUUAAUUUACAAGAAUGGUUGCUUCACAUGAAGUUUAGACGAUUUGUAAUCGAGCAGAAUCACUUUCCUACAUACCAUGAAACUGAUCGUUCUAGAAUUGACAGUGAUUUAUAUUUGCAAUAUAUUAAGUCACAUGACAUCCAUUUUGGUGAAAGAUCAAAGCUUACUAAGGAAAUGACGAAGUAUAAAGAGUUACUGCUCAGAUUGAAAGAGCUACAACAUGAUUUCAUCACUCAUUUACCUUUUCCUCCUAGUUUGACUCCGUUUCGUGAUUAUACAAGAAAAAUAGUAGAAGUUUUCAGGGAUAAAUAUCACAGUAUUUUAAAAAGUGAUUUCAGCAAUGAUAAUAUUGCGUUUUUGAAAAGCCAUGAUAUAUUUUUGCCACAAAUUGGCGAAGAAGUUCGAAUAAAAGAUGGCGGUGCCAACUCAAAUGUCAUUUUAGAAAAAGUAAAAUACCGCACAAUGUCAAAUCGCCUAGCAUGUUCUGUUGUGGAACUAGUUGAUGAUUCUCAAAAAGAAGAUAAAAAUAUCUUCAAAAAACGAGAAUUUCUGAAAAAGAAAAAGAAGCGCAGCAGGUUUGAAAAUGAAUCUAUAAAUGAGGAUGUAGGAUACAAAAUUCACUACUUGCCCCACAAAAAGUAUUGGCUGUAUAACACAGUAGGUCUCCACGACCUAGCACCUGAGUAUUUUAACCCCUUUCUGAAGAAGUAUCCUCAUACAUUUAUGCAAGUUUUUGAGGAAUGUUGUAGGAUAAUCGAGCAAACACCGGCCGAUCUGUUCCAGACUUUCCAGCAUACAGAGUUGUGUUUAGUAUAUCUAGUAGAUUACAGUGGUGAUAAUCGUGAGGUUCUUGUUGAUAAAAAACUGCUUUUUCAGAUUAGGGAAGCCUGGAACUGUUGGUGAUAUUCCAUGAAAUAAAGCAAUUAUUGUAACGAAAACGCCGUUUUAUUUAUUACUAAUUUAUAACAAAACUAAUUUAUGUCUUUGUCGACUGGACUACAGCAUGUGAUUCAUCG